UGCGGAAAGACCUCGUUGCGGCUCUUAUUUCAAUCUUUCUCUGUUCGAGGAAAAUAAGGAAUGCAGCUUUUUUAGACAAUACGGAGUCUCUCGACUUAAUGUGUAUUUUUAGACGUGCCUUAUUUAACGUUGGUGCUGUAUGACUGUCCGUUUCUCUCCUUAUGAAGCACCAUUUUUCUAGAAUAGGGUUCUUACCCUCCAUCUUUCCUUAUCCCUGGUGAUUCAACGUGGUAUGAUGUGAUACAGGAACAUCAGUGGAAGAGUGAGAUAAAGCAUGGUAUUGGCCCCCGGAGACAGGAACCACACUCCUAUUCCUGAGGUUUCGAGGUCCCUGGCCCUUGAGGGCCACAUGAUAGACCACUAGAAGUUAGCUCUGAGGUAAAUUGCGGAGUGGGCCUGAAGGGCGUCAUAACCGACCUUUGUCCUUUCGGCACAUUGUAGAGCCAGCCUGACAGGUAGUGAUGGAGUCUGAGACAGAGCUGAGGGAGUGUGAUGAGGCCUUUGAGUCAGAAGAGGGCGAUGUGGAGCCGUACCUGGAGGAGCCAACGAGCAGCAGGGAGCUCCUAGAGAGGCUCAGGGAGCUGGAGGCUGAGAAUUCAGCCCUGGCCCUUGCGAAUGAGAGCCAGAGAGAGGCCUAUGAAAGGUGUCUGGAUGAGGUUGCCAACCACGUGGUACAGGCACUUCUGAGUCAAAAGGACCUGCGGGAGGAGUGUAUUAAGUUGAAGAUGCGUGUGUUUGACCUGGAGAGACAGAACAGAACCCUGACUGAGCUCUUUGCCCAGAAACUACACCCCCAGGAUAGCCCUCUGAAACAGUUGCAGUUGGUGUCUGUCCCGGAGGACAGCACAGAGCCCCUGACCAUGGACAGUGACAAGCUGCUGGUGUCCCAGAGACAAGGGGAACUCAAGAGCAAUGGGGACCACACACAGAACGGAACAGCCGGCUCAGCCCCGGCCCCUGCCACCUCCAUAGAGGCCCUGUCACCAUUCUUUAAAAAGAAAGCACACAUCCUGGAAGUAUUGCGCAAGCUGGAGGAGUCAGACCCCCUCAAGUUCCACCCCUCCUCCUGCCUGUCCCCACACCACGACCUGGGUCAGGCGCUGGUCUCCAUGGAGAGAGACCAGAUGUCCCUGAUGUCCUCUGUGGGGUUACCCUCUUCUCAGUGCCUGGUAGCACAUCCCUCGUCACGCUGCCGCCACUCCAGCUCAGACUCAGACAUCCAUGAUUACACCAACGGAGAAGGGGCUCUCCAGGAGGACCAUGCCCUGCACAGACAGCACCAGCAGAGGGGCUGCCAGUCCUGCCAAAUGCUCUCCCAGAAGAGUAGCCUGGAGAGCCUGCUGAAGUGUGCCCAGGGCCACGGCGCCACACACCCGGGCAGAGUGGAGAGCCUCAACGGGCAGGCCUGGGCAGAGGACCAGGGGGCGUCGGCACAGAGCACAGGCCUUCCCCAGGCAGCAGCUCUCCCCCACCUCCUCUCUGCUGACAGCACAAGCCAGUGCUACAUGAACAAAACAGCAGUAGACUCUCUAGAGCAGCCUCCAGAACUUCUGGUUUCUUCUGAUCCAAUCUCCUCGCUAAUCCAAGCCAACCUCAACGGGAUGCUAGGGAAGGAGACCAGGAACUUUCAAAGACACAAAGACAGGCAUCCGUUUGGCAAACCGCCACCUCUGUCUCGGGUCGAGGUGCAACCCUCUCACAGUGAGGAUGUGAAGCACAUAAAGGCUGUCAUUGCAACAUCGCUGACCCAAAACGGGGACAGUCCGGAGGAGUGCUGCUACGUGGAAGAAGAGGCCGUAUCAGUGGUGCACAAUGUGAACAACAGCCUACACACCUCUACCUCACACACAGACCCUGUUGCCAUGGAGACGGAUCCAGGGUAUCACGAGGAGCAGGAAGUGAGCGAGCAGGUCUGCAACGGGCUCUACUUCUCCUCCAAUGAGACGUCUGUCUGCAAGAAGGUGGCGGUGGAGUUGUACUCUCCAGCCCCGGUUCCCGAGAGGACCAGCUCAGCUCAGGCCCUGCCUCCCUCUGGGAAGAGUAAGCUUGCACUCAGCCCCACCUUUUCCUCAGGCCUGGGUGAAGUCAAGCCCUCCCCCAUUUCCUCCCCGGCACGGCUGCUCAAGUUCCUGAAGAUCCCGACGGGGAUCAACCAGGCACAACCAGGCAACCCCCUCCGUCUAAGUCCCCAGCUCACCCGCAGCUCCAAGAUCCCCUGCAGGAACAACAACUAUGAGGUGUACCACUCGCCUGUAAUGACACGCAAAGCCACCACCACAGAGAGGGAGAAGCAGCUGUCCUCAUCCUCCUCCAAAACAGACCCCUACCCUGCCACGCACUCUGCCCCCACCUCGCCACCCAAGCCAGAGGACAGCGCGGGCCCCCCUCCCACAGUCAAGGAGAUAGCUUUCAGCAGCCACUUUGCGCCCAAACCCAGCCGCAGUACAAAGGCAGCCCCCUCCUCCUCCUCUUCUCACGCACAAAGGGGCUCUCAGAAGGUGGCCCACUAUGAGAAUGUCUGCCCGUCAGAUGGGACGCCCCAGUACCUCCCUUACACCCAACCUGAGGGGCCUGUAGAGAAUCAGCAGCAGGAGGAGGAUAACCUCCUCAGCCACCCAUCUUCACAGCACCCUGACUCGUCCCCAGAACCAGAUGACCAGGACACUGAACAGGACACUGACCAGGACACUGACUCAGAAAGCCCCGUCUGGCACAAGCCCGACCAACACUUCAGCCUACCCUCCUCGUCCUCCGCCACCGCUAGUAAAGCACACAGUAGUCGCCCCAGCUACUCCAGCAUGAGGGACAGGCACCAGGAGCACCGUGCAGCUCUGGAGCCCAGUCAGACGAUCUGUGAGCCAACCCAGUCUGCAGCCAGGCGAGGUGACCCGUCGCCUGGGUCUUCCACCCCCAAGAGGCUGGUGCAGGGAAAAUCCCAGAGUGAGUCCAGUCACCACCCAUUCAAAGAGCGCCUGGCUGCUCUGGGGAAACUGAAGAGCACAGAUAACCUGCCAGUAGGCGCACAGUCCGUGGACAAGAAGGAUGCACAAAGUAACGUGGGUAAACCCCCCACCAACAAUAUUGAGAAAACCAAGACUCCUGAAAGGGAAGGCGAGAGAACUGGGACAGAGCAGCACAAACAUCAGAAAUACACAGAUUCCCUGGAAGGGAAGCCCUACCCCAAAACCAGCCUCGGCAGUCACCCCAGGGUGCCAGGUCCAAUACAUGAAUCAGGCGCCAAAUCAUCAGCUACCCCAUCAUCCAUACCAAAGGUAGAGCAGGAGACAUCAUUCUCUCCCCGGAUAUAUGUAGCGAAAGCAGAGGGUCCAAAGAUCAAGAUGGGCACAUCAUCCUCCAACACAGAGACCCCUCCAGUGGUGCGGAGCUACGGGAAGUGCCCCAUCACCCAGAGCCACCACAGUAAAACUGCCCCUAGCCCCCAAAACAGCCCCGCUAAAGUCCCCUCAAAGUCCCCUUCAAAGGUCGGCCAGGCUUCCUCUUACCCCCGAGGGGUCAAGCCUGCUCACGAGGACCGCGCCCUGGCUCAGAGACACCCGCCCAGGCCGGAGGACAAAAGUAAGCUCCUGGCCAGCAAGAAGAAGAACUUUGUCCAUGCAGAGAGCUUCCCACCUCCUCCUCCUCUGCCACCGCGGUCGUCUACUGAAGCCAUCGUGAAAGACGACAAGAAGCAGUACUCAACCGGCCCACCCGUACCCCAGUCGGCCAUCGAGCAGAAAGUAAUGCGUGGCAUCGAGGAGAACAUGCUUAAGCUGCAGGAGCAGGACCGGGGCCAGGCAGUUGAGCCCAAGCAGAAGGCCUCCAACGGCAUCGCCAGCUGGUUCGGCCUGAGGAAGAGCAAGCUCCCCGCCCUCAGCCGUAAACCAGAAGUGUCCAAGCUCAAGAACAACAUGUCGUCCUCUCCUUCGUCGUCCUCUGGCGGAGGGGCUAAGGACACUAAGUCAGGUGGGCCCCGGAAGGUGGUGGAGAGCCUGAACAUCUCCAAGCUGAUGGAGAAGGCAGAGGACCUGCGGAAGGCAUUGGAGGAGGAGCGGGCUUAUGUGAACGGGGUCGAGAUGGACCGCUCCGGCAGGGGACACUCCUGUGAGGUGGUGAUGGACCAGGCCCAGGGCCAACUGUCACUCAUGUACAGAGGAGUGACCGCAGACAACUUCAUGCAGCAGCUCCUCAACAGGGUGGACGAGAGGGGAGCUAUACCUACCACUUUUGGAAUGGCACACAGACGCCUCUCCUUUGACUCAAAGAGGUCGCGGCCCAUCUUCAGUCACCAGAGGGACAGGAUCAGCCACACCAAGAGCAGGGACGAGAUGGACCAGGCUUCAGAUAUGAUCGGCAAGGAUGAGGUCACAUCAGACGAGAGCUUGGCAGAGUCCAUUAGUUCCCAGCACUUUACAGGUUCUGGGGCAUCCAUGCGUACCCUCGACAGUGGCAUCGGCACAUUCCCCAUGCCAGACUAUGCCAGUAACGCAGCAGGGAAGAGCAUCACUAAGGGGAAGCCACAGGGAGAGCAAGUGUUUUCAGGCUCCCAGGGAAAACAUGGGGCAAAGAUGAAAGUUCAGCGUAAGGCCCGUACACUGGAGAGAGAGCUGUCAUCUCUGGAUGAAGUCAACCCAUCUGUCCUGUAUGGCUCAGGACUGGAGGGAAGAGGUCCCAACAUGCAUCUGUCCAGCACAAUCCACGAGGACAUAGAUGCCUACGGGGCUCAUAUGCAAAAUCCCCCAACCAAGAACUGGACCUUUCCCAACCUGAAAGGCUCUGCAGGAGCCAGUGAUGUUUACCUGGACAUGCAGGGAGAGGGCAGCCAGAGGACCCCCUCCAGAAGGAGUUUGAAACAGUGUGUCCCCCAGGGCCCCCUGGCUGCUGACCCAGGCAGCCUCCCCCUGCCACCCCAGACAGGGCUCAGCCCACGUGGUAAGGGGCGGACGCCCAGCGCCCCAGAGGUGGGGAAGGACAGAGGGCUGGAGCUGGUGAAGGAGAGACCAGAGGACAUCCUGUCCCCGAGAGAGACGCCUGAAUCCCUCAGUGACUCCCUCUACGACAGCCUUUCCUCCUGUGGCAGCCAGGGCUGACCGGCCUAAGGACCCAGGGACAGAGAGGGGAGCAGAUGGAGAGACAGACCGACCGACACCCUUUAAACCCCUGCUAAUGAGGCACACCCAUCCCUUCUUGUAGUGGUGGGCCCAGCCCCUGAGGCAGACCGAGUUGAAGUACCUCUUCCACAUACACCUCUUUCUGCUGACCCUCUCUGUAUUACUGAGACCUGGUUAGAACUGCUGGAAAACUCACCCUCAGGUUGACUGAUGUUCACACACACAUACAUAAUUUGAGGAACUAGACUGAGAAUUGGACACUGCUGUCCUCCAAGCAACAAGCAUCAUAUGACAGACCAGCGCAACUCAAAUGUACACAGACACAGACACAGACACACACACACACACACACACACACGAGGGUUGGGCGGUAUCCAGAUUGCCAUACCUUCAUACUGACCUUGUGCCAUACUGGGAUAUUCUGUAAUACUGGCACUGAACACAAGGGGCACUAUUUUCAAAUCCCACUGAGCCUAAUCCGAAGGUUAGCAAUGCUAACAACUACAUGUCAAGUCCUAUAGAGAAUGCUAACUAAAUGCUAACAUUUUAU